AUGUCAUAACAUAACCAACUCAAUGAUGAUUAUGACGUGUACAAAUUGAACAAUCAAAAAUAUUAUUACUAAUGGUAAUCAGAUUCCUCUUUGAUAAAACAUAUUAGCAACAAUGGAACCUAAUACAAAACGCGAAUCUAUAAUUUGUCUUUUCGAUGUAGACGGCACUCUAACCAAACCCAGAAAUAAAAUUUCUGACGACAUGGAGGAUUUUUUACUAAACAGAGUGAAACCUCUAACCAAAAUUGGAUUAGUCGGUGGCUCUGAUUUUCAAAAAAUUUCGGAGCAAAUGAAUGGCGACAGUGUUCUACUUAAGUACGAUUACGUCUUUCCAGAAAACGGUUUGAUAUCCUUCAAAAAUGGAAAAGAAACAUGCAGGCAAAGCAUUCAAAGGUUUAUGGGAGAAGAGGUGCUUCAAAAAUUCAUCAACUUCGUCCUCAAGUAUCUUUCUACUGUAACAUUACCAGUUAAAAGAGGAACAUUCGUGGAGUUCAGAAAUGGUAUGCUCAAUAUAUCCCCAAUAGGAAGAUCUUGUUCACAAGCAGAGCGAGAUGCAUUCGAACAAUAUGACAAAACUCAUAAUGUGAGGAAACAGAUGAUUGAUGCUUUGAAAGCGGAAUUCCCAGAUAUAGGCUUCACCUAUAGUAUCGGUGGACAAAUUAGUUUCGAUGUUUUUCCUGUUGGAUGGGAUAAAACAUAUUGCUUGAAGCAUCUAGAGGAGGAUGGAUUUCAAGAAAUUCAUUUCUUCGGCGACAAAACGCACCAGGGAGGAAAUGAUUAUGAAAUAUAUUCUGAUAGUAGAACUAUUGGACAUACAGUCAAAAAUCCCGAAGAUACCAAAGAAACCCUCAUGAAGUUGUUUAAUUUGUAAAUAUUUAUACAAGUAUGGAAUAUCUUUUUUAAAUGAGUCAUUCAUUAAAGUUGUGUUCGACCAAAA